CUGUUCGGGUCAAUCUUCCAUAACCUCCUGCGUGACUAUCAUUUAUUAUUACUAUCACGGUGGUUUCUGAGAUCUCUUAGUUCGUAGUUUUUACGAUUAUAUAAUUCAUACAAAUUUUCAAAUCUCUCAUCCAAUCGUUUUGGCAAUGAGGGAACAAAAUUGACCCGUAACAUUCGUUUUAUUUAAUUGAAUAUCUGCGCAAUCUAUUUUACGCCGCGCAGUUUAACUGCAAGCAGCCAGUAGCUGUGUUCGGCGUUCAGUUGACGCACGGCGAUUGUUGUGACAGAUCGCUUCUGACCGAGAUAUUACCAGUUUUGUUUCAACCUGAAAUCUAUUUGGGAUAAAAUUAAUCCUUGUAUUUGUAUCGAAAAAAUAAAUUUUGAGAAAUGAAGUUCCAAUAUAAAGAGGAGCAUCCAUUUGAGAAGAGAAAGGCCGAGGGUGAAAAGAUCAGGCGAAAAUAUCCGGACCGUGUUCCAGUGAUCGUUGAGAAAGCUCCUAAAGCCAGAAUCGGAGAUCUCGACAAAAAGAAAUACCUCGUGCCCUCAGAUUUGACCGUUGGACAGUUUUAUUUCCUGAUUCGUAAGCGAAUUCAUUUACGCCCCGAAGAUGCCCUAUUCUUCUUUGUCAACAAUGUCAUUCCACCCACUAGUGCCACAAUGGGAGCACUUUACCAGGAACAUCACGAAGAGGAUUUCUUUCUUUACAUAGCAUACAGCGAUGAAAAUGUUUACGGUAAUUAAAAUUCCAAUCGAACCAUACGAUCUACCAACAACUAUGGAUAAAACUGUAUGAAUGAAUAAUUAAAGCUCAACAUCUAUGACAUAGUCUUCACUCGUAGAGGCUUGAACAAAUAAAAGAAGAAAAAAAAAUAAAUAAAUAAACAGAAAGAAACAAGGAAAAAUAAAUCAUAAAAAUGUUACUAAUAACGAGUAGUGAUAAAUGAUAAACGAUAAGAAUCUUAUUGUAUUUCUGAAACUGAUGAAAAUUUACAUAAAAAUCUAUAUCAGCUUUGUAAUUGAUUUCUGUGAAUUUUUUAGUCCACAGGAUUAUUCUUCUUGUUUUUUGGUUCAAAACUUUGAAUUAAUUUAUUGAAAUUCGAUACAGAGUUGGAAUCCAUUGAAAUUAUCGAAUACUCGAUACUGAGAAUUCAAAUUAUUUGUUAUCGAUUAUUACGAAUAUCAGUUCCAUUAUGGUCAAAAUUAUUUUUAUAUCAGUUUGCAUAAUAGACUACGUGUUAUACAGAUAUAAUCAGAAAAAAUAAAUCUUACAAGAAAUGAGUAAAUUAUAUAAAUCAUCCUUCAUGUGAUAUCAUUUCUUUGCUUAGGCUAGACUAAUCAUAGUUUGUAUAAUUUAAGUGCUCUUUAAAUAAUGGUGAAGAAAAUGAACGAUAAAUUAUUGAGUUUAAGCCGGAGAGAAAAUUUUUUGUAAAGGCUGGGUGUGGGCCAAUAAAAAAAAUGUAUAAAACUGAAAAAAAAAA